CGCGGAAGGAGCGCGGCGCGGGCGGCGAGGGUGGGCGGCCGGCCGGCUGCAUGGCGCGCUGCGAGCGGCUUCGCGGCGCGGCCCUGCGCGACGUGUUGGGCCGGGCACAGGGCGUCUUGUUCGACUGCGACGGGGUGCUGUGGAACGGCGAGCGCGCAGUGCCUGGCGCCCCGGAGGUGCUGGAGCGGCUGGCGCGGGCCGGCAAGGCGGCGCUGUUCGUGAGCAACAACAGCCGGCGCGCGCGGCCCGAACUGGCCCUCCGCUUCGCGCGCCUGGGCUUCGGGGGACUGCGCGCCGAGCAGCUGUUCAGCUCCGCGCUGUGCGCCGCGCGCUUGCUGCGCCAGCGCCUGCCCGGGCCGCCGGACGCGCCGGGCGCUGUGUUCGUGCUGGGCGGCGAGGGGCUGCGCGCCGAGCUGCGAGCCGCAGGGCUGCGCCUGGCGGGGGACCCCGGCGACGACCCGGACGCGGGGAACGGCGCGCCCCCGCGCGUGCGCGCUGUGCUCGUGGGCUACGACGAACACUUCUCCUUCGCCAAGCUGAGCGAGGCGUGCGCGCACCUGCGCGACCCCGACUGCCUGCUCGUGGCCACCGACCGCGACCCAUGGCACCCGCUCAGCGACGGCAGCCGGACUCCAGGCGCUGGGAGCCUGGCUGCGGCGGUGGAGACAGCCUCGGGACGCCAGGCCCUGGUGGUGGGCAAGCCCAGCCCCUAUAUGUUCGAGUGCAUCACAGAGCACUUCAGCGUGGACCCCGCCCGCACGCUCAUGGUGGGUGACCGCCUCGAGACCGACAUCCUCUUUGGCCACCGCUGCGGCAUGACCACUGUGCUCACGCUCACAGGUGUCUCCUGCCUAGAAGAGGCGCAGGCCUACCUGGCAGCCGGCCAGCAUGACCUCGUGCCCCAUUACUACGUGGAGAGCAUCGCGGACUUGAUGGAGGGGUUGGAGGACUGAGCCCACCUGACCUGCAGCCGCAGGCCCACCCCUUCCCCACUUGCUGAUAUUGUAGAUGGAGCCGAUAGGUCAUGAGCCGCGUUAAGUGCCACCGACUCCCUGGCCCCAGUUUAUGCACCCUGGUGGGGCUGGGACCCAGGGAAGGUUUGAGGCCCUUGCACCCUCUCCCAGCAGUGGCUAGACACUCUUUGCUGUUGCAGGAGCUGGUCCACCAUGGGUUCAUCUUGGCCUAACCCAGCCAGGUGGCCUUAUUUCCUGUCAUCUUUCCUCCUUAAAACCUGGGCCCUGAUGCCAACUGAAAAUUUUCUCCAAACCUGAGCACUUAAUCCUCUCCCCUCUCCCUGGGCCUUGUAGAACUCUACCUGUCCCUCGUGGCCUGGCCCUUGGGUUCCAGUUGACCAAACAGCAGGUCUAGGUAACCAUGACCCAUUGUUGUCCUAAGUGGACCAAUCCACUUAGGAUUGUGAUAGUGACUCAUUGAUGCUGGGUUUUGAGGGGACCAAUCAGAAGGCUGUGACAAGGAUCCUUGCAUGUCCUAGGUCUUGGGUGGACCCAUCAGAAUACCAAGUAAUAAUGACCCAUUGGUGUCUUAGAUCCUGAAUAGAACAAUCCAGAAGUUUAAGAUAAAAUGGCCUCAUGAUAAUAUUGGUCUGACUUGACCAGCCAGGGAUCCAGAUUCAGUCGAUAAAUAAGGGUCCAAGUUCUGAAGACGCCUUGCUUCUACAAAGAUUGUGGUGCAGUGGGUGGCUCUGGGGCUCUGGGGCUUCUGUGGCCAACACCCCCACCCUUUCCUGGUCAUGGUACCUGUACAGUGUUGACGGUGGCCACAGCUUGGAAGGUGGGCUUUUGUGUCCCCUGUGUGGUCAGUGUUUGCUGUGCCACCUCUCUCCCAUGCCCACUCCCAGCUAUUUAUUUAUUUAUUUAUUGUGUGCCAGUGGA